AUGAGCAGUGUACAUAACAGCGUGGAGACUGUAAAUGCUGCAGCUACUGCCAUAGUCACUGCUGAGAUCAGAGUCCAACCAUCUACAAUACAGAGGAGAAGAUGGGGAAGCUUCUGGAGUCUAUACUGGUGUUUUGGCUCUCACAAACACAGCAAACGAAUUGGUCAUGCUGUCCUUGUUCCUGAACCAUCCGCACCUGCAUCUGUAGUCCCUGUUGCUGAUAAUCGUAACCAUUCCGCCACCAUUUUGUUUCCCUUCAUAGCCCCUCCCUCAUCUCCUACGUAUUUUUUGCAGUCAGAUCCUCCCUCCGCAACGCAAUCCCCAUCCGGAUUACUUUCCCUUACAUCCCUUUCCAUUAAUGCGUACUCUCCGGGUGGGACUGCAUCCAUUUUUACAGUAGGGCCCUACGCUCACGAGACUCAAUUAGUUUCACCUCCCGUACUUUCUACUUUCACUACUGAACCAUCAACUGCUUCUUUCACCCCCCCUCCAGAACCAGUUCAAACAACAACACCUUCUUCACCAGAAGUGCCUUUUGCUCAGCUUUUGACAUCAUCAUUGGCACGGGAUCGGAGGAACAGUUGGACAAAUUUGAAAUUCUCACUAUCACAGUACGAGUUCAAGCCUUAUCAAUACCCCGGAAGUCCUGUUGGUCAUAGUAAAUCACCGGGCUCUGCCCUUUCUACUUCGGGAACCUCUUCGCCAUUUCCUGAUAAAUGUCCGGUUAUUGAGUUCCGCAUUGGGGAAGUUCCCAAAUUUCUCGGCUAUGAACACUUCUCCAAUCGUAAAUGGGGUUCGAGAGUGGGUUCUGGAUCGUUGACACCAAGUGGUUGGGGUUCAAGGCUAGGCUCCGGAACUUUGACACCAAAUGGUGGGAUUUCGAGAUUAGGUUCCGGAACUUUGACGCCUAAUGGAGGAGAACCACCCUCUAGGGACAGUCACCUUCUCGAGAGCGAAAUUUCUGAAGUCGCAUCUCUUGCCAAUUCAGAUAGUGGAUCUCAGGAUGAGGAAGUCAUAGUUGAUCAUAGAGUCUCAUUUGAACUGACUGGUGAAGAUAUUCCAACUUGCGUGGUAAAGGAGUCGGAUGCAUCACUCAAAAUUGCAUCAGAAACUCUAUGGGAUAAAGUAGCUGAAGGCGACACUAGGAGGGAUUUACCGUUAAAGAACAUGGACGUUUCCAGUGAAUACUCUGCAAGGAAAACUGUAAAUGAAGUUUCUGGGAUGGCUUCACAUGGGAAGAGCGAUAAAUUUGAUCAGAAGCAUCGUACAAUCUCACUAGCCAUCGAUAGCACCGCCACAGCCACAUCCUUCAAAUCCUUAGAUAAGAAUGAACUGGCUGCAAAUAAGGGGUAUCCCUUUACAUUUUCUCAAAGGAAGGAGCUUGAAAGAUUAGCCAUAAUCUUAGGCAAGAUAGAGGAGUUGAUUUAG